AUGCACAGCGCUACCGCAAGCCGGCCCCAGCCUGCCGAGGGGCCCGCACUUCCUACGCCACCCGGCGACCGCGCGCAUUCGGGGCGUCUGCAGGGGAAGAACCUAAAUGUGGAGACUGAUUUUGAGAGGGUGGCGGAUUUGGUGCUGUGCGGGCCUUAGAGGAUCUCGGAUUGGAAAAUGGAACAGAUUAAGCGUGCAAACCGCCUUUAUACUAAUGACUCCAUCUUCCUGAAGAAAACCCUCUACAUCCCCAUCCUGACAGAGCCCAGAGACCUGUUCAAUGGUUUGGAUUCUGAGGAAGAGAAAGAGGGAGAGGAAGAAGUACAGUCAAGUAAGGAUGAAGUUCAGCCACACUCAGCUGACAGGAAGAAACGAGAAACAGGUUCAGGACGUGCUAACGGUGAAGUCCUUCCCACACCUGGCUGGGAACACCACACUCCCAUCCAUGACCUCUCUGCCUCUGAUUUCCUUAAGAAGCUUGAUUCACAGAUCAGCCUGUCAAAGAAGGCUGCUGCCCAGAAGCUGAAAAAGGGGGAAAGUGGGGUACCUGGGGAGGAGUCAGGCCUUCACCUGAGUUCCCCUCGGAUGCAGCAGCGAGCAGUCCUAGGUCCGGUCCCGUUGACCCGGACCUCUCGGACCCGGACACUUCGGGACCAGGAGGAUGAAAUCUUCAAACUCUGA